CAGAUUUUUCAUGCCCACCAUCUGCAGAACUUCAACUUUUGGUUAUGACUUUAAAAUAAUGCUUUGUUGUGAUUUGUAUUUUUGGUUCUAUUUGCAAAAGUGACAAAGUUUCCCUUUUUGGAAACUGUCGUUUGUCAAAAAAUUCACACAUCACAUUUAGUGAUUAUUCAUUGUCAGUUUUUUUCCAAAGUCAGCCUGUCGCGUUUGAUAUGUCUCUGCCAAAUUCAGCGUGCCAUGAAUCGAAAGUUAGACCGGCACAAACCGCAAAUACGUACUACGAUCCUCGACAAGCAAAUACAGAAUUACCCUUCCUGUCCAUCGACUUCCGCCGAUCCAUCACUAUGAGAAGCGACGUAACUUGCCCUCUGGACAAACGUCAUGCCUUAUUGAAAAGAUCACAAGGCAUUAUCAAUAGUGUCCUCGCAAUCCCGCAUGGUACUGCUGACGGAAUUCACGAGCGAUGUGUUUCCGAAGUCUACCGGUUCUGUGUGGAAAAUGAGCUUGCUGACGCAUGGGCAUAUCUGUACCGUAAUUGGAUAUGCACAUGCCCUGCGUUCGCCCACAAUCGCUUCUUGCUUUGCAAGCACUUGGUUGCACAGAGAGGGUAUGGACAGAUAGCACCUCGCCAAUCUUUGUUUUGCGUCAGUCCAGCUCCCCUUUUGUUCGUCGUCUGCAGCCGAAUGAGAAUGUUUUCCAAACAUUGAUCGACAACCGGUCCAACCCAACCCCUCAAACGCAAACAGACGAUAUAAUCAUCAUUUCUAGUGAUGAAGAAGUGGAUGAAGUAGCCGAUUCAGAAGCUGUGGACGCUCUAGAACACAAUGAACCAGCAGAACAACUAUCGCUACCACAAUUCGAAGUUCCUGAUCAUGAAAGAAGAGCGCUGCAGUUGGAGCAAUAAAUGGCGACCCUGCACCGUCUCAAUAAUGAAGAUGAAGAAAGAAUCCAAGUGAUGCAAGCACAAAUGCGAGACAUACGUAUGAUCUCGUUUUUCGCGGAAGAAAGACACUGGGAC